GCGGACGCCGAUCCGCUACGAGCCGGAGAUAUGAUCACUCGCUUCGCUGUUUACUAGUUGUCGGUGGAAGCUGGGAGGGGAGGAGAGUGAACGCGGCGAGAGCUUUGGAGAGCGAUGCGAGCUCGCUGUAAAUAAUGAGCUAUAUAUUCGAUUCGGUUGGUGGAAAAUAAUUGGAUCAUCCUGAUCAGGGAGCUUCUUUUACCUCCCCGCUCGAUCGAAGGGGAGGAGAAAAGGCCAGACUCCGAUUUCCGUCUCCGGAAAUCUAGCGGCAUUUGGUGCCCUUUCUGUCGCCUUGUCUGUUUAAAGAUCUUGAUUGUUCCUUUUUCUGCUGAAUAAAUCGGGACGCUGGUUGUGUAAAGCGGCAGUUGGGUCUACCCAGUGAAGCCUCUUCAUCUCAGUAAAAAUGACGACAACACUCACUUGGCAGUAUACCAGCAGCAAUGGUGGAAGCUACGGAGCUUCAGAUUUGGAGAGGAAGCUGGAUGCUAAAGUCCAAGAACUGGAACCGCCAACCCCGCUAUCAGUCUCAAAAAUGGGCCUGAGGGAUCGUGGUAGCAUGGAUGACACUGAUGGAACUAUUUCAAGUGUUGCCCAAUGCAUAGAGAAGUUGCGUCAGAUUUACUCUACUGAUCAAGAGAAAGAGAACUCUUUGAAAGAGCUACUAGAUCUGAUCAUAACUCGUGAAAGUGCUUUUGGGGCUGUUGGUUCUCAUUCCCAGGCAGUUCCUGUUCUUGUUGCUCUUCUCAGAUCAGGGUCAUCAGGAGUGAAGAUUCUGGCUGCAACUGUUUUAGGAUCACUUUGCAAGGAGGAAGAAUUAAGAGUGAAAGUACUACUUGGUGGAUGCAUUCCUCCUUUACUUGCCUUGCUUAAAUCCAGCUCAGCUGAGGGCCAAACAGCUGCUGCAAAAUCUGUUUAUGCUGUUUCACAAGGUGGAGUGAAGGAUCAUGUAGGCUCCAAGAUUUUUUCAACUGAAGGUGUUGUGCCUGUCCUGUGGGACCAACUGAGAAAUUAUCCCAAAACUGGAAGCACAGUUGGUAGUUUGCUUAUUGCUGCUUUAAAAAACUUAUCCAAAAACACUGAGGGAUUCUGGUCAGCAACUAUAGAAUUUGGUGGAAUUGAUAUACUAAUAAAUCUUAUUGCUUGUGGCCAAACAAGUACCUUGGCAAAUGUUUGCUAUCUUCUUGGAUGUGUAAUGACGGAAGAUGCAUCAGUUUGUUCUCGAGUAACAGCUGCAGAAACCACCAAGCAACUCUUGAAGUUGAUCGGACCUGGUAAUGAAGCCUCUGUUAGAGCUGAGGCUGCAGGCACUCUUAAAGCACUUUCUGCACAGUGUAAGGACGCAAGACGUGAGAUUGUCAAUUUAAGUGGAAUUCCUUCUUUGAUAAAUGCAACUAUAGCCCCAUCAAAAGAAUUCAUGCAAGGGGAAUCUGCUCAAGCAUUACAGGAAAAUGCAAUGUGUGCAUUGGCUAAUAUAUCUGGCGGGUUGUCAUAUGUGAUUUCCAGCCUUGGUGAGAGCCUUGAAUCAUGCAGUUCACCUUCACAGAUAGCUGACACAUUGGGCGCUUUAGCUUCAGCCUUAAUGAUAUAUGAUUUGAAGGCUGAUUCUAUCAGGGCUUCAGACCCUUCAGUUAUUGAGAAAAUAUUGGUCAAGCAGUUUAAACCAAACUUAUCAUUUCUUGUACAGGAGCGUACUAUUGAAGCCUUAGCUAGCUUGUAUGGGAACACCAUUCUCUCAAGAGCACUUAAGAAUCCUGAUGCAAAGCGCCUGCUUGCUUGUUUGAUAACCAUGACGACAAAUGAGGCACAAGGGGAACUUGUUAAGUCUCUUGUGGUAUUAUGCAACAAAGAUUGCAGUCUAUGGCAUGCACUGCGUGGUCGUGAUGGUGUUCAGUUGUUAAUCUCUCUUCUCGGCCUCUCUUCAGAGCAACAGCAGGAAUGUGCAGUUGCUUUGCUUUGCCUUCUGUCCAAUGAGAACGAUGAAAGCAAAUGGGCUGUAACUGCUGCUGGAGGGAUACCACCUCUUGUUCAAAUCUUAGAAACAGGAUCUUCAAAAGCAAAGGAAGAUUCUGCAACAAUCCUUGGCAACCUUUGUAAUCACAGUGAAGAUAUAAGAGCGUGUGUGGAAAGUGCUGAGGCUGUUCCUGCUUUACUUUGGCUGCUAAAGAAUGGAAGUGAUAAUGGGAAGGAAAUUGCAUCAAGAACGAUAAAUUAUCUAAUACAAAAGUCUGAUACUGGAACUAUCAGUCAGCUAUCAGCUUUACUAAUCAGUGAUCAGCCUGAGUCUAAAGUUCAUGUAUUGAAUGCGCUUAGAAGUCUGCUCUCAGUGGCUCCGCUCCCUGACAUUCUACGUGAAGGAAGUGCUGCAAAUGAUGCCAUUGAGACAAUGAUAAAAAUCUUGAUCUCAUCAAGGGAAGAAACUCAAGCAAGCUCAGCAUUAGCUCUUGCAGAACUCUUUGACAGCCGCAAAGACUUACGGGAAACCCCUGUUGCUACGAAGACUCUUUUGACUAUAAUAAAGCUCCUUAAUGUGGACUCAGAAAAACUUUUAGCUGAGGUUUCACGCUGCCUUGCUGCUAUUUUUCUUUCCAUUUUACAGAACAAGGAGGUUGCUGAAGUUGCUAGAGAUGUACUCGCCCAGCUAAUUCUGUUUGCCAAUUCCCCAGCUCUUACAGUGGCUGAGCAGGCGAUUCAUGCUUUGGCUAAUCUUUUUCUUGAUCAUGAAAUUGCUGCACAAGCAUUUCCAGAGGAUAUUAUUUUCCCUGCUACACGUGUCAUGGAAGAUGGCACUAUAGAUGGCAAAACUUAUGCUGCAGCAAUAAUUGCACGGUUUCUUCGUCAUCGCACCAUGGAUCAAACGUUAGCUGACAUUGUGAACCGUGCUGGAACGAUUCUCAAACUCACUGCAAUUCUUGAGUUUGCUAGUGUUGAAGAUUCAGCUACCUAUGAAGUUCUUGAUGCACUAGUGAUGUUGUCAAGGUCAAAAGGUUCAGUAGAACUCACAAAGCCACCAUGGUUAAUUCUUGCUGAAAAUCCCUCUAAGAUAGUCCCUCUGGUAUCUUGUAUAGCUGGAGGAACACCCUUAUUGCAAGAUAAAGCUAUAGAAGUGGUGUCGAAACUGUGUUAUGAUCAGCAAACUGUAUUUGGUGUUCUACUCUCUGAAGCUUCUGGAUGUGUGUCAUCAAUUGCAAAAAGGGUCAUUGAGUCAAAUAAUUUCAAGGUCAAAGUUGGGGCAAGUGCUCUUCUAAUAUGCACUGCAAAAGAGCAAAGCCAGAGGCUGAUUGAAGAUUUGCAUGAAUCAAGCUUAUGCAACCGACUUAUUCACUCUCUUGUUGGGAUGCUGCAGUAUAAAGGUUCUUCAGCUGACAAAAUAGAUGAUGAAUGGGCAACAGGUAUAAGAAUUAGUAGGAAUGCUACAGGGAAACCUAUAUCUGGAGAAAUUGAAUGCAACACAGCCUUGAUCUCUAGUAAUAUGAUGGCUCCAUGGCUGCUUGCUAAACUUGCUGUCCACACUAAAAGUUCCAAAACAACCCUAAUGGAGGCCGGGGCAGUUGAAAUUCUCACAGAUAAGAUCUCUCAGCACGGGUACCUGCCUAUACAGAGUGAUUCCAGAGAAGAUAACAGUAUAUGGGUUUCUGCUUUGCUCUUAUCGUUGCUAUUUCAAGACAGGGACAUUGUUCGAUCAAACGCAAUAGCACGCUCUAUUCCAGUGCUUUCAAGUUUAUUGAGAUCUGAGCAGUCUGCAAACAGAUAUUUUGCUGCACAAUCUUUGGCAAGUCUUGUCUGUAGUGGCAGCAGAGGAACUUUGCUUUCUGUUGCUAAUUCUGGAGCAGCUAGUGGUCUUAUAUCUUUGCUUGGUUUUUCAGACACAGAUGUCUCUGAUCUUAUAGAAUUGGCAGAAGAGUUCUCAUUGGUUCCAAAUCCACAACAAGUUGCAUUGGAGAGGUUAUUCAGAGUUGAUGACAUAAAGAUCAGCUCAACUUCACGGAAAGCCAUACCUCUUCUUGUUGAUCUACUCAAGCCAAUUCCAGAUCGACCAGGUGCACCAUUUCUGGCUUUGAGCCUUCUAACACAGUUGGCAAUAGAUUGCCCAUCUAACAAAGCGAUAAUGGUGGAAUCUGGGGCUUUAGAAGCACUAAAUAAGUACCUCUCGCUUGGUGUGCAAGAUACUACAGAAGAAGCUGCCACAGAUUUAUUGGGCAUCCUGUUUAGUACUGCUGAAAUAAGGCAACAUGAAUCAGCACAUAGUGCUGUUAAUCAACUUAUUGCAGUUCUGCGUCUAGGAAGAAGAAAUUCCAGGUACAGUGCUGCUAAAGCACUUGAGAGUUUGUUUUCAUCAGACCACAUUAGGCAUGGAGAAUCAGCUAGGCAAGCUAUUCAACCCCUGGUGGAGAUUCUAAGUGCAGGUACUACAAAGGAACAACAUGCAGCUAUUGCUGCACUUGUUAGAUUGCUCAAUGAUAACCCAUCAAGAGUUUCUACUGCUGUGGAUGUUGAGCUUAAUGCAGUGGAUGUUCUCUUCCGCAUUCUUUCAUCGAAAAAUUCUCUAGAACUGAAGGGGGAUGCUGCAGAAUUAUGUGCUGUCCUCUUUAGAAAUUCAAGAAUUCGGUCUACUGCAACUGCAGCACGCUGUGUGGAGCCUUUGAUGACUCUAUUGGUUGGCGAGGUCAGUCCUUCCCAGCACUCUGCAGUUCGGGCAUUGGAUAAGCUUUUGGAUGAUGAGCAGCUGACAGAUGUAGUUGCUUCACACGGAGCUCUUGUCUUACUGGUAAAGCUUCUGUCUGGUAGAAAAUAUAGCCUUCAUGAGGCUGUUGCUAUAGCAUUGACAAAAUUAGGAAAAAACAGGCCAGAUUAUAAGUUAGAAAUGGUGAAAUGUGGAGUAGUAGAAAAUAUACUUAGCAUCCUCUGUGAAGCUCCAGAUUUUUUGUGUGUUGCAUUUGCAGAACUUCUUCGGGUACUGACUAACAAUGCUAGUGUGGCUAAGGAUCCAUCAGCAGCCAAACUUGUAAAGCCACUUUUUCUUUUACUUUCAAAAUCCGAGCAUAGUGCAGAUGGACAGCAUAGUACGAUGAAGGUUCUUGUUAAUAUUUUGGAGCAAGACAGGUGUCAAACUAAUAAUUAUAAUCUGACUCCAAAACAGGCUGUUGAACCAGUUAUCUCUCUACUGGCUUCACCUACUCAAGCAGUACAACAAUCAGCAGCCGAACUCUUGUCAAUUCUACUUUUAGAGGAAGACCUGCAGAAGGAUCCAGUGACCGAGCAAGCAAUAAUUCCUCUCAUUCAAAUUCUUGGAUCAGGUUCAUGCAUUGUAUUGCAGAAAGCAAUAAAUGCUCUUGUUAUGAUUGUUAUGAUCUGGCCAAAUACAAUUGCAAAAGAAGGUGGCGUCCAGGAGUUAUCCAAGGUCAUACUUCAAUCUGAGACUCCCUUGCCUCAAUCGAUAUGGGAAUCUGCCGCUUCUAUCCUAUCCAGCAUCUUGCAGUAUAGCUCUGAAUAUUUUCUGGAGGUGCCUGUGGCUGUUCUAGCGCAACUGCUUCAUUCUGGAAUAGAAAGCACAGUCAUUGGUGCUCUUAAUGCCCUCCUUGUCUUGGAAAGUGAUGAUUCAACUAGUGCUGAAGCGAUGGCUGAAAGUGGUGCCAUUGAGGCUUUAGUGGAGCUUGUCGUGAGUCAUCAGUGUGAGGAAGCUUCAGCAAGAUUACUGGAAGCGUUAUUAAACAAUGUGAAGAUCAGAGAGACAAAGGCAGCUAAGGCCGCAAUUGCACCACUAUCAAUGUAUCUUCUAGAUCUACAAACACAGUCCCAGCAGGGGAAGAUGCUUGCAGCUCUUGCUUUGGGUGACCUUUUCCAGAAUGAAGGUCUUGCUCGAACUACAGAUGCUGUUUUGGCAUGUCGGGCUCUGAUAAAUCUCCUUGAAGAUCAUCCAACUGAAGAAAUGAAAGUUGUAGCCCUUUGUGCACUGCAAAACCUGGUAAGUUAUAGCCGAUCAAAUAAAAGAGCAGUAGCAGAAGCUGGUGGUGUCCAAGUUGUUCUAGAGCUUAUCAACUCAAGCAAUCCAGAUACAUCAGUUCAAGCAGCAAUGUUUGUUAAACUUCUUUUUUCCACUCAAACUAUUCAAGAAUAUGCUUCCAGUGAUACAGUGACAGCAAUUACUGCUAUGAUUGAGAAGGAUUUGUUAGCCUCAGGAAAUGUGAAUGAGGAGUAUUUAAAAGCACUAAGUGCACUGCUAAGCAACUUCCCUCGCUUGAGAGCCACUGAACCUGCUACACUGAGUAUUUCACUUUUAGUAAAAUCUCUCAAAACAGGAUCUGAGGUAUCUCAAGAGGCAGCAUUGGAUUCAUUAUUUCUUCUCAGGCAGGCAUGGUCUAUGUGCCCAAAUGAAGUUUACAAAGCUCAGUCAGCUGCAGCUUCAGAGGCAAUUCCUUUACUGCAAUUCUUGAUUCAGUCUGGCCCACCCCGGUUUCAGGAGAAGGCUGAGCUACUGUUACAGAGUUUGCCAGGGACAUUAACUGUUAUCAUAAAACGUGGGAACAAUUUGAAACAAUCAGUGGGAAAUCCAAGUGUCUACUGCAAACUUAGGCUCGGCAAUGAUUCACCUAGAACAACCAAGAUUUUAUCUACCGGUGCUAUGCCUGAAUGGGAUGAAAGUUUCUCCUGGGCAUUCGAAAGUCCACCCAAGGGUCAAAAGCUUCACAUAUCUUGCAAGAACAAGAGCAAAUUUGGAAAGAAAGCAUUUGGAAAGGUGACAAUUCUAGUCGACCAGGUUGUUGUACUAGGAUCAGCUGCCGGAGAGUACCUCCUACUUCCAGCAAGCAAAAGUGGAAUAGCUCGAAACCUGGAAAUAGAAUUGCAGUGGUCAAACAAAUAACAUCUUCUUUUACCUGUGUACCAUUCAUAUAGUUUAGUGUGACAGUUCUCCAUUUGCUCCCUUUUCUCCACUUGAGCAAUCCUCCCUGUGGCACCGUUUGCUAGGAAAUGUGUAUAGGAUUUUUUCUUCUGGUUCUUGCUUCAAUAUGAAAAGAGUGUUAUUCAAUCCUACCGCGUGUAAUGAAGUUAUUUUUUUUCCUUUUUUGCAUUCAAACAUAUUAAGAAAAUUUGAGAAUAUGUAUCUUUCAAUUUUUGUUCUUGGGUAACUAUAGUCUGUAAUCUAAACGGCUUCUUUUAUUAUUUUUUUUCUUAUAUGUAUGAAACACUUUUUUUAUUGAAUACAUUAAUCAGCAUUGGGGGAUUA